AAAUAUAUACUGACAGUACUCUUUCCAUCUUAAAACAAACACACAUAUAUACAUAUAUAACUUGUGCCUAAUGGAACCACGGUUCCACCCUCCUCGUCGCCUUUGGUUUCCAUCGCGCCACGUUCUCUAUACCAUCUUUUUCUUUCUUAUUGUUCACCAAAUGCCGGCCCGUGGUGAAGAUCCUAGUUUUGUUUGUGACCCGUCUCUUGAUUUUGAAAACGGACGAAUAAAAAAUGCUUACAUUGCAUUACAAGCGUGGAAGGCGUCCAUAGUGUCUGACCCACAUGGUGUGACUAAAAGCUGGAUUGGUUCAGAUGUAUGCAACUAUACCGGCGUGUUCUGUUAUCAAUCACUUGAUAAUCCCAAACAACGAACUGUGGCUGGUAUAGACCUGAACCAUCAAGAUCUAGCUGGAAAACUUCCUGACCAUUUAGGUUUGUUAUAUGAUCUGGGUAUUUUUCAUAUAAAUUCUAAUCGUUUUUGUGGGACGCUCCCACGAAGUUUCUUGAAUUUCAAGAUACUUUUUGAGCUAGAUAUAAGCAACAAUAGAUUUGCUGGAAACUUUCCAGAGUUUAUUUUGAGGCUUCCUGAGCUUAGAUAUCUUGACAUUCGGUUUAAUGAGUUUGAAGGUAAGCUUCCUGAAGACAUUUUUAACAAGAAUCUUGAUGCUAUACUUAUUAAUAACAAUAGGUUUUCAGCUAGUAUUCCUGAAAACAUAGGGAAUUCGCGUGCUUCUGUGAUAGUUAUCGCAAAUAACAAGUUUUCAGGAUGUUUUCCAUCUAGUAUAACAAAUAUGUCAGGGAAUUUAGACGAGCUGAUCUUGAAAAACAACGGGUUUGAUUCUUGUUUUCCUGAAACGAUCGGGAAAUUGAAGAACUUAACUGUGUUGGAUUUGAGUUUUAACAGGAUUAAAGGCGAGUUCCCUAAAAGCAUUGGGGAAUUGGAGAAUUUGGAGGUUUUGAAUGUAGCUCAUAAUAUGUUAUCAGGAAAUAUUCAUGAUAGUGUGUGUUUGCUUCCUAAUUUGGAUACGUUUAGAUACGAAUAUAACUUCUUUGUGAACCAAACAGAAAGUUGUUUGGAUUUUGCCGGUUUUGAUGAUAAAAGGAAUUGUUUUAAGGAUAGGCCAGAACAAAGAACAAGAUCACAGUGUGAGAGGUACUUAUCUCAGCCACUUAAUUGUAGCACUCUUGAGUGUGGACUGCCCGUUCCUCCACCGUUACCACCACCUUUAUCUCCGUCUCCAUCACGAUCUCCGCCAUCAUUUCCAUCUCCAUCAUCAUCAUCUACACCACGACCGUCACCUACUCCUACCCCGACACCUUCAACUUCUACACCAACGCCAACGCCAAAGCCAGUACUAUCACCAGGACCAUCAUUAGCUCAACCACCACCACCACCAAUCCCUUCUAUUUGUCCACCAUGUGACCAAGCACCAACACCAUGUCCAAAUGCUCCAUCACCAAGUAGCCAACUGCUAGGACCUUCACAAUCACCGUCUCCAAGUGGAGAAAACAAUGCUUAG